AUGGGGACGCGCGCCAGCAGUGAAGCAGCAACAGCAGUAGAUGCCGGCGCAGACGUGGACGCCGCCUUCAUACGGCAGAAGCAGCAGGAGGAGGCCGCGGAGAAGCGCCGUCGGUACGCGCGCUUAACCUCUGCAGCCGUGCAGCAGAAGCGCGACAACUCGAAGAACGUCAUUGAGGAGAUCUAUGAGGAAGACUUCGGCACCAUUGACCACCUGCAGGCGCUGCGCUUUCCGCCGAUGGUGGUGAAGGAGCUGAAGGACGCCGUCGCCAACGAAGCUGAGCGACAGUGCGCCGAGAUGGAGAAGACGAUGGCGCGCUGUUUGCAGGACAAAAUGUGGACAACGUGGAAGUGCCAGAAGGAGCGCGACCGCUACUACACAUGCGUCGCCGACAGGCGCGAAGACAACGAGCGGCUCAUGGCGUACCGCUGGAAAUACAACUUGGGGACAUUUCACGGGGAGAUUAUCGCGCGCAACAACAUGAUGCGGCGCGUCUGGCACGAGCACUUCCCGGAGCGUGAGCUGCCACACCCGUGGGUGAAGGAUCAGUGA